AUGCAAUGGGAAUUAUUGCCCAGUGAUGUAAAUGAUUAUUCUCCAAGGACUGGACAUACAGUAAUAGCAUAUAAGGAGUGUAUUUAUGUGUUUGGUGGGAUUGAUGAAUAAGACAGAUAGAAUGAUAUGUAUAAAUAUCAUAAAGGAUGGAGUAAACUUAAAUUAUAAGGUGAAAUACCAUCAGCAAGAUCUGGAUCAUUGGGAUGUGUUUAUGAAGAUUUAUUUUAUUUUUUUGGAGGUUAUACUUGGAAACAUGGAGAAUAUUUUAAUGAUCUUUUUCGUUUUAAUCCUGCAAACAAUUAAUGGGAUAAAAUAACUCCAAAAACUUAACCACCUCCAGCUAGAGUAGAUCAUUCAUUCACAAUUUAAAAAAAUUUAUGUUAUAUAUUUGGAGGAUCAAAUGGAUAAAAACGAUUUAAUGAUUUACAUGAAUUAAAUCUAAGUACUUUUGAAUGGAAAGCAUUAAGUUAAGUAAGAUAAUUAAGUGCACGUCUUGGACAUACAAUAACAUCGUAUUAAAAUGAACUCUAUUUAUUUGGAGGAUGGGAUGGAAAUAAUACAUUAAAUGAUUUAUGGGUUUAUUCUAAUAGUAAUGGUACUUUCCAAAUGGUUAAAUAAUAAAAUCCACCUGCUGGAAGAUAUAGACAUACAGCAAAUAUUUAUAAAGGAUUUCUAUUCAUUUUUGGAGGAGUGGAUUAAAAUCAAGAACGUUUUAAUGAUUUAUAAAGAUUUGAUUUUCAAACUUCAAUAUGGAGUAGAAUAGUUGUUUAGAAUCCACCAUCUCCUCGUUCUUUUCAUAAAUGUGUUGUAUUAGGAAAUUAUUUAUAUUUGGUUGGUGGAUUUGAUGGAUAAAGGAGAAAUGAUGUUCAUAGAAUCAAUUUAGAUUCAGAAAAUGGCAGAUAAUAAAUUGAAUAAUUUAGAUAAGCUCCACAUUUAAUGUGGAUAUAAUUGGAUCUUAAAGAUCGUUUUACACCUAGAACUGGACAUACUGCUUGUGUACUUUAAAAUAAAAUUUAUUUAUUUGGAGGUGUAGAUCAAUCUGGUAAUAUUAAUAAUGAUUUAAAUUGUUUUGAUGGAAAUUCUUGGUCUAUUAUUGUUACUUCAGGUUAAAUACCAUCAGCCAGAUCUGGAGCAAAAAUGGUUGCAGUUGAUGAUUAAUUAAUGUUAUUUGGAGGCUAUGUUCAAACAUAAAGCUAAAUUUAUUGUAAUGAUUUAUAUAGAUUUAAUGUUAAGAACAAUACAUUUGCUAUGGAAACUUAAUAAGGUACUAAUCCAGCAAAAAGAACUGAUCAUUCUUUAGUUGAAUAUUGCAAUGGAAUAUAUAUAUUUGGAGGAAAAGGUGAAAAUAAAUAAAUUUUUAAUGAUAUAUGGAAAUUUAAGGGAUCAUGGGUUGAAUUAGAUCAUGAUUAAUAAAUAACAGGUAGAUUUGGUCAUACAGCUGUUUCAUAUUAAAAUUCAAUGUUCAUUUUUGGAGGUUGGGAUGGUACUAGUUGUUUAGAUGAAAUGUAUGAAUAUUCUUUUGUUACUAAUACUUUUUAUGAAAUUAGAAGAUGUAGUGGACAAAAACCAAAAGCUAGAUAUAGACAUGAAGCCUUAGUUUAUAAUUAAAACAUGUUUUUAUUUGGUGGAGUAGAUCAUUUAUAAAUUAGAUAUAAUGAUUUACAUUAAUAUAAUUUUAAGAAGAGAGAAUGGAUUAAAAUUAAUACAUCUGGAAGUAUUCCUUCAGCAAGGACAUUUCAUAAAUUAGUUAAUCUAGAAAAUCAAUUCUUUUUAUUAGGAGGUUAUGAUGGAUAAAGAUUAAAUGAUAUGUACACUAUUUUUGUUACAAAAACUGAAAAAAUCAAUUUCACUUAUCCUUAAGAGGAUUCUUCUAUUCUUCAAGAUGAAGAAGUUGUCACUCUCAAAGAAUAGGUUAAAGAAUUGACCAAUAAAAUACAAAGAGAAGAGGAAAAGCAUCUAUGUAAAAUCUGUUUUAUUAGACAAAUUGAUAGUGUAUUAAUGGAAUGUUGCCAUUUCAUUCUUUGCUUUAAUUGCACUGAGAAUCUUAAAAAUGUAAAAUUUCUCUUAUAUAUAAAUUUAGUGUCCUAUUUGUAGACAAGUAAUAACGAGAGUAAUUAAGACUAGCAUGUUUUGA